GCCUAACACAGUCCUCUCCCUGCAGUUUGACAUGCAGAGGAUAACGCUAGAAGAGCUGAAGCACAUCCUGUACCAUGCCUUCCGGGACCACCUAACGAUGAAGGACAUCGAGAACAUCAUUAUCAACGAGGAGGAGAGUUUAAAUGAAAACUCCGGCAAUUGCCAAACAGAGUUUGAAGUGCACGCCCAGAAGCAGAACAGACAGACCUGCGUCCGGAAGAGCCUUAUCUGCGCAUUUGCCAUGGCCUUUAUUAUAAGCGUGAUGCUGAUUGCGGCCAACCAGAUCCUGCGGAGCGGCAUGGAGUAGCCUCUCACCAUGACACUGUGACCCAAACUGACCAUGCAUGCGCAUGCCACCGGGUGAGCUUCCCCCGAACCGACUCUCACACGGCAAAGAGACAGAGGCGGGCAGAUAACGCACCAUUCGACAAGGAGCCUGGGGCCAGCAGCGUAACGUGUCUUGUGAAUCAACCACAUCCUUUUGGCAGGGACAUAAAAGGGCUGUCUUAACGCUUUAAAGGUUUUGUUUCCUAAUGCAAUAAAAAAUAAAAAAUAAACGUACGGAAGUCCCGAAUUAUUGCUUCAGAACAGCAAUGGUAACUUGGAAGACGCUUUCAUCCAGCAGUCUGCUUUGCAGUUGUAAGGAGGCACAGCCUUGUGACUCGCUGCAGCGGGGCUGUCUUUUAACCUAGGGGCCGACUGACUGUGCCGCAUAGCUCCCCGGCAGGCCCACCUUCCCAGGAAGUUGAUCGUAGCAUUGCCACAAGCAAGUCCUGUUCGUUUUGUUUCACGUACUUUGGCUUCACGUUGUUUUUCCCUUAUGACCAUGCCUUUGAGUUUACGGCAUUAGAGGGGAGCUAGAGCAUCUUUGUACAGUAUUUUCAGAGUAAAGAAGAGGAGAAUUUGCCAGCAUCAUACAGAAUUUCUAUUUUUGCUUCACAAACGUCGCCUUCGACACAAGACUGUGGGGUAGCAGGAGUCUGUUUGCCAUUUUUUCCCACCGAGAAUCAGGGCUUAAGAACCACCACCCACUUCCCCACAUGGGCAUUCCUGAGAUUCGUGCAGUCUUCCAGCCAACUCUGCAACCACCAGCGCCAGUUGAAAAUCCCUCUGUUUGGUGCCAUUCAACAUUUCCUUUCCAGUAGUUUUGCCCUUCUGCUACAGCAGUCUUCAAUAACCUUAUUGAGACCAAAACCACUGAGAAAGCUCUGAGCUUUUCUCCCUGCUCCUCGACUGCCCAAUUUUUACUUAAUUCAUUGUUGCAAUUGCAGUGAAACCUCUGCAUCCAACACCUACUCAUGGGAGAGAUUGCAUUUUCACCUCUAUGGUGAGGUGGGAUUUGACCAGCAAGUCACUCCAUCCCUCACGGUCCCACCGUCAUCACCACUGCAUAUCCCAUGGACAGGCUGAAAGAAGGUGAUCAGAAAAUCAGGCUGCUGCAAGAAAAGAAGGAAUCAAACUCGAGCAUACCACCAUAUGUUUCGUAGUGUGUCAGACUAUCAGAUCCCACAAGUGUUAGUUAUUUUUCCUGGAAGAGAUUUUAAUGAGCAGCAAGGAGAGGAUGGAAUGAUGCAGACCAGAGGCACAACGUGUCCCAUGGAGCCAGGAUUACAUCUGAAAGCAUUUCUGCUUUUAAACCCAACACAAAUCCUUGCAUUUACCUUCAGAUGAACUGUACACCCGUGUAUUACUCCAGGAGGGAUCUGGUUCCCUUGCCCUGAUGGGUGAUGGCUGCGUUUGGUGCACAGGGAGCAUUGGUGCGGGGUUGGAACGGCGGUGGUUUCUGCUACCAGCUGGAUGAGCUCCAGAAACACGAUGGAACAGCAAGAUCUCACUCCUGUGAAUGUAGAGGACUGUUUCCUGUGUCUUGAGAAGGGGCAGGAUGGCUCCCAAAGGGAAUGUGGACCAUGAGCUUCACUUGUCCUACAGGGUGGCCAUCGUCUCAAGCCUGGAUCCAUCCCAAAGACUCAUUUCUGCUCUUUGUUCUUGCUUACGAGUUCAUUUAACCUGUAUUUUUCUAGUAACCUGAUGUGAAAAUGUACUUCUCAUUGUUCUGUCUCCCACCACCCCUUAGAUCUCAUGUAUCUGUUUAGGAUUUUGCCUUUAGGUGUGUGUUACUAUUUAUCACCUUCGCAACGCUGCUGUUUUCCUGGUGCCCCCCUCCAUCUCCAAAGAUGACAGCUGUCAUUUCCAAGGCAGCUGAGUCGUUUUUCUGCCUUUCACAAACACACAUUUCUGUAUUUCUGUUCUGCUGUGACUAAUAGAGGUCAGCUACAAAAUACUGUGCAGAAAUUGUUACAUCUCACAGAAGAUGGAGGGAUUUGUGUUUGCUGUAGGGCAAGACCAGAUUUCAAACCAACAGCAGAAAAUGAUAGGCAAGCUCUGAGCAUAGGAUUCACACUGAUGGGGAACUCAGGGUUGCUCCCAAAGCUCACUAUGUUGGACAUUGCAGAAAAGGAGCUUGGAGGUCCUUUUGAGGUGACUGUCAUCCAUGUUUUCUGGUCUCAGGGGCAUAUUAAAGGUAGGAACA